CUAACAUUUUACAGAAAAAUUCUCUCACUUUUUCAAACCAGCCUCUUAAAAAAAUAUAUCCUACACAUCCAACAUCAUUUUUGUAAGAUUGCAUAUUUAAAUAACCUCAAAUCACAUAUUUCGGAAGUUUAAUCACAAUCAUAAAUAAAGUUGAGAAAAGCCGCCCUUCAAUAUAAAAAGAUUCCACCUGAUUCAAUAAACUGAAAUACAUAGUAUUUCAGAAGAUCUAUUCUUGCAGUGGCGAAUGCAAUCACAUUUUUGUCUUCACCAGAAGACUUUUGGCCUUUUUCGCAUACUUUUUUUCUUUUUCUCCCUUCUUGAUUAUAUAUAUAUAUAUGUAGAUCAUGUGUACAGUCCAAAAUUCUUUGACAUAUAGUUGUGGUUACUAUAAUUUAUGAGCGUAGAGAUGGACGAAAAUCCCAAAGACGGUGGCAGGAGAGACAGCGCCGGGGAGGCGAAGUUCCGGGGCGUGCGGCGGCGGCCCUGGGGGAGAUACGCGGCGGAGAUUCGCGACUCCAACCGGCACGGCGCUCGGGUUUGGCUUGGGACGUUUGGCACCGCGGAAGAGGCGGCCCGAGCAUAUGAUCGGGCCGCCUAUACGAUGAGAGGACACCUGGCUGUCCUCAAUUUCCCUCAGGAGUACCCUGCAUUCGCUUCUCAGUCGUCGUCGUCGUCGUCGUCAUCCGCCGCCGCAGCGUCUUCGUCGACAUCGAGAAAUGAAGCGGAGCAGGGGAAACAAGUGUUCGAAUUCGAGUACUUGGAUGACAAGUUGCUGGAGGAUCUACUUGAAUUUGGAGAAAAAAACACCAGUAAAUAAUGACCAAGAAUUGUGAUAUUAUUAUUGUUAUUAUUUCCUUUUGGGUUUUUCUUUUCCUGUGAUUGGGGGAAAUCUGAAUGGGCAGAAAAUAGUGAUAAACAUAGUUAAUGAGGCACUUUGUAGUUAGUUGACUUGCUCGGCUAAAUCAUCAGAAUAAUCAUAGUAUUAGAGCAUAGAUGACCCCUUUUUCUAUCAAUAUUAACUAUACAAAGUUAAUGUCAUUUCUCCAAUUUGUCUCUCGA